UAGACUCCUGUGGGAGUGAAGAGCUAAGACAGACAAAGCAGUGGCUGUGGAGUUCUGGCUCCAUGUCCUGUCCACUGGGAAAGAAAGCUCUGCCUCUCACCAUGCUGCUGCUUCUGCUGAGUUUUCAUGUUCUCAUCAUUCCUGUCUCGAAGGCCAAUAAACAAACAGACAGAUCUGUUAACUUCAUUCCCACAAUGGAAUUUGCCGUGAACACAUUCAACCAGGAAAGUCAGGAUGAAUAUGCCUACAGGAUGGAACAUAUCAUGAGUUCCUGGAGGGAGAAGGUAUAUUUUCCAACUGUGUAUUCCAUGAGGCUUCAGCUGCGUAGAACCAUAUGCAAGAAGUUUGAGGAGAGUCUCGACAUUUGCCCCUUUCAGGAGAGCCGUGGUCUGAAUAAUGUAAGGCAGGACACCAGUCCUCUUAAUUUUCACAGUUGUGGAUGCUGCAGGGGGACUGAGUGGAGAGCAAGAACAAGUGACAGAGCCAUGCCUAGGGACCUAAGGAUGGGCAGGUGCAAGACUCCUCAGGACUCUCUGAGCCACAAUGUGGAGACCUUCACCUGCCUGUUUACUGUCGGUACCUACCCCUGGAUAACAAAAUUCAAGCUCUUCAAGAGUGUGUGCUCAUAGUUUCUCUCACGGGAGUCACCCAUGGACUGGUCAUGUACUUCUCUGCAUCCGUGAAGGGGUUACCCUUGGCAGAACCUCUGUGCUCAUUUUCCUUGUUUUGCAGCAUUGUGCAGUAUCAAGACUGGAUAUGUGGAUAAUAAUUAGGGGAAAAUGUACAUUGCUGUUUUUUCGUCAUGUAGAAUAGUUCAUUAAAUAUUGCAUUUCUGAA